AUGGCUUCUUUAGCACUUGUACUUACUCUUCUUUUUUUGAGUAUCUCAACUUUAGAAGCCGGGUACUAUGCACCUACUCCUUAUAAAAGUUAUAAUUAUGCACCUAGUACUAAGAAAACUAUGAAUGUGAUCGAUUCUUGUUGGCGUACCAAGUCAAAUUGGGCUAAGAACCGUAAGGCAUUGGCCAAUUGCGCGGUCGGCUAUGGCAAAGCAGCCAUCGGAGGGAAAUCCGGUGCCAUUUACGUCGUUACUAAUCCGGCCGAUGACCCCGUAAACCCUAAGCCAGGUACACUAAGAUAUGGUGUAAUCCAAACCAAACCACUAUGGAUUAUUUUUUCCAAGAACAUGGUUAUAACGCUAAAGAAUGAGCUUAUGAUCAAUAGUUUUAAGACUAUAGAUGGAAGGGGAGCAAAAGUGGAGAUUGCAUAUGGACCUUGUAUAACAAUUCAACGUGUUAGCCAUGUUAUUAUACAUGGUAUUAGCAUCCAUGAUUGUAAGCCGGGGAAAAAAGGCAUUGUAAGGGAUAGUCCAACGCAUGCUGGCCGCCGUAAUGGCGCCGAUGGAGACGGCAUUGUUAUGUUUGCAUCCUCGAAUAUUUGGAUCGACCAUUGUUAUCUUGCACGUUGCGCCGAUGGACUUAUUGACGUUAUUCAUGCUUCUACUGGUGUUACCAUCUCCAACAACUACUUCACUAAGCAUGAUAAAGUUAUGUUGUUUGGGCACAAUGAUAACAAUAAAGAAGACAAGGCUAUGAAAGUCACAGUAGCCUUCAACUACUUUGGCCCUGGUUUAAUUGAAAGAAUGCCAAGAGUGAGGCUAGGUUAUGCUCAUGUGGCCAACAAUCGGUACGAAAAAUGGUUAAUGUAUGCUAUUGGUGGAAGUGCUAAUCCAACCAUCUUCAGUGAAGGAAACUAUUUCUUGGCAUCUAAACACACAGAAGUUACAAAGAGGGAAGCUAAGAGUGGUUGGAAGAAAUGGAAGUGGAGGUCUUCAAAGGAUAAAUUCAUGAAUGGAGCCUAUUUUAUACAAUCUGGUUAUGGAAGUACUAACCCAUAUUACACAAAGGCUCAGUCAUUUCCAGUAGCUGAUGGAUCAUCGGUUCCUUCUUUAACCGCUGAGGCAGGACCUUUGCGUUGCACUACGUAUAAAUGUUAACUUCUAACCUUUUUUUGUAAUUAUUUUUCGAUUUUGGCAUGGAAUCAAGUGCAUUAUAAUUGUUUGUAUUACUUAUGCACAAUUUUAUUUUAUGAAACGGGGAGU